GUUGCCGUCGUCGCAUCCGUCGUCGUUGUCGUUGUUGUUGUCGCCGCACUCCAUGUAGUUGUUGUUGGUGCAGCAGGCAGUACAGCAACAGCAACGCCAACACACUAGCAGUAGCAACAGCAACAUCAGGCUCCAAUCGCCAGCAAACAACAAUUAAAACAAAAAAAAAAAAAAACAAAAUGAGUUCACUAAACGGAAAAUUAAUUUGGGCAUAUGGAAUGCUGCACACAUAGAUAUAGAUAUAGUCGUAUAUAUACAUAUAUGUAUAUUUGCCUAUGUUAUACACACACAAAUCUACAUAAAUUCUAAGUGCAAACCAAUUGUGAUUUAAGCUAAUGACCACAACCACAAAUCAGUUAAAAAAAGUGUAUAAAGAAUUUUUCAAGUUUAUUAAGUAUAUGAAAAUCAACCAAAGCCUUGUAAAUAGCAAAACGUAAUAAAUAAUGAACAAAACUCUUUUCUUAUUGAUAAUACCAACUGAAAAUUAAACCAAAGAAAUUUAAAACAUAAGAAAAACCCUUGAAAGAAACAACGAAUAAACAGACAACGCCGUUUACACAACAACUUUAUAGAGAAAUGCAUUGCUAAACAACAACCCCUUAAACCGAGUGGACUGCAUUUCGGAACGAUCUCAACGCAAAAAUGGCACCGCAACAUCAUCAGCAUCGGCAGCAACAGCAACAAAGGACGCAACUAACUCGGCAAAGGCUGCAGCAACAACAACUGCAAUUAGAAACAACAGCAAAGGCCCGGCAACGAUAUAGAGCGGUGGAAAAAUGAAACAAAAACCAGAAACGAAUUUUCCACUUAAAUUUGCAUUCAGCCAAAGAAAUACAAAGGUCUAAACAAAGAGGAAGGAAACAACACACAAAACAGUGCACAAUAAGAAAGUCGCCAGUGAAAAGGGGUCAGAGGGCACGCACACACACACAAAAACACACAGGACACGCAACACAAACACAACCAUAAGGAGCGCAUAAAACACAUUUAACACACGGACACAAAGGACGACGAGUGCAUUGUGAACAAUUUUCAACGAAUUUCCAAAAGUCUACACAACAAAUCUAAACAAAAAGUUCAUAACAAAAAAAUCAUAAAAAAUUUUGAAAUUUGCUCUGUGAUUUUCUAUCAGAAUGGUUUAGUAAUCCAAAAUAAUAUUUAUAAUAUUUAAUAACAAAAAGUAUAUAUAAAUAUUGCUAAACUGCAUUCCAAGCAACCAAAAUAGAAAAGUUUAUCAAAUCCCCAAAGAAAAGCUUUAAAUCCAACCGAAAACGUAAAUUAACAAUUUCUAUAAAUAUAACCAAGCAAAGUUUAUUACACUGCGACUAAUUAGAGCAGCUAGCGCUAGUCAAACAACUUCGAUCAGAACCACAAUUCCACUAGAGGACACGAUUCCCAGACCGGAGCCAUGGACGAAAUGCCCGACCUGUCGCACCUCACGCCCCACGAGCGGAUGCAGAUCGAGAAUGUCCUUAUGCGGCAGAAGCAGGAGGAGGAGAAGCAGAACGAGGUCAUGCGGCGCAAGCAGGAUGAGGUGGUCACGCUGGAAAUGCAAAUAAGACAGCGCUCCGAGCAGCAGAAGAAGGCUGGCGUCGAACUGGAUGCCACCUGUCACAUAUGCCUUAAGACCAAGUUCGCCGACGGCGUUGGCCACAUUUGCCACUACUGCAACAUUCGCUGCUGCGCCCGAUGUGGCGGUAAGGUGACGCUGCGCAGCAACAAGGUAAUUUGGGUGUGCAUACUGUGUCGCAAGAAACAAGAGCUGCUGUCCAAGACUGGCCAAUGGAUCAACAAGACGGCGGCGCAACAAGACGGUUUCAUCCGACGCAUCGAGCCGGAUGGGAGCAGCGACAUCUCCCAGCAUCCCAUUGUGGAUCCGCACGACACCACGGACAAGCGGCCCAAGCUGGAGAGGACACGCAGUGCCGCCGAGAAGGAGAACCUGCCGAUGCAGCGGGCGGGCAGUGUGCUGAGGCGGCAGUACUCGCAGCAGGAGCAGCCCACGAACCGCCGCCUCUCGGCCUCCGACAGCGGAAUGGACCCCAUGAUGAGUCCUGGCCAGCAGCAGAUGCAGCACCACCAGCAGCAGAUGCAGCAGCAGCGAUCACGGAUGCAGCCAAUGAAUCCGCAGCAGGCGCAGCAGGGAUACGGGAUGCAGCAGCAGCAACAACCAAGAUCGGGUGGUGCCUAUCCCGAUGAUGAUCCGCGUUACUAUCAGGGCGAGCUGGACGGUCUGAUGAGGCAGCAUCCCCACUUGGCGCAUCCCAGCCAGGUGCAGCCGCAACAUCCGCAGCAACAGCAUUCGCAGCAUCAGCAGCAGCAAUCGCAACACCAGCAACAUCAGCAGCAACAUAUUAUGCCACAGCAGCAUCGUCCGUCACCGCAGCAACAUCCUCAGCAGCAGCAGCAUUCGCAGCAAUUUGCGGCCAGGCAGCAGCAGCAACAGCAGCAGCAGCAGCAUCAACAGCAAUCCUACCAGGCCCAGAUUCACCAGCAGCCGCAGCAACAUCCGCAUCAGCAGCAGCAACAUCAGCCGAUGCAGCAGCAACAUGGACAGCAGGUGCCGCAGAUGGGUGGCUAUCAGAAGCCGCCACCAUUGACCCGCAACCUGACCAUCAGCGGUGGUCAUGCGAUGGACCCCAGUGCCUACAGCCAGCAGCAACAGCAGCAGCAGCAGCGACGGGCGCUGGCAGGAUCGCAGUAUGCAUCGCAGCAGCAGAGGUCCUUCAGCAGCUCCGAGGAGGAGUUCCAGCAUCAAUUGCUGGCCGCCCAGGCCCAGGCAGCGGGGGCGGGGGGCGUGGCCACCGUGACCGCCGGAUCGGACUAUGACGGCGGGCGCCUCCAGGUGCGCACCUCUCUGGAUCCUUGGCGCCAGCAGCGCAGCCUCAACGAGCGGGAUCUGCUCAGCGUCGGCGGCGGUGGUGGUGGGGGCGUCGGUGGUGCUGACUUCCGCCACCUGUCGCACGCCACCCAGCGGCUGUACUCCUCCGCCGAUCAGCGGGAUCGCUACGAGCUGCAGCUGCAGCAUCGCGAGCGUCUGGAGCAGUAUCCGCUCACGCGUACCGCUCGGCUGGACGUCCAGCAGCGCAACUCGCUGAACCGCAGCAACCACGAGCGGCAGUUCUCCAGCGGCGGCAGCGGCGGCGGUCCAGUUGCAGGAGGCGGUGGGGGUGGUGCUGCUGGCGCCUACCGACGUGCCCCGCCCUUGGCAGCCGCCGGCGGCGGUGGCAGCAGCAGCAGCAGCACCACUAGCAGCAGCUACUAUCCCCAGUCGAAGCCGCAGAUUGUGAUUGGAACGGGAUCGGGAUACGAUCGCGGAUCGGCGGUAUCCAUGGCAGCGGCGGAGGCCCAAGUUCAGGCGGCGCGAGGAGGUGGUCAGCGUGGUGGCCUGCUGGGCACCACAAGGGGUGGCGGUGGUGGUGGCAGCAGUUCGGUCAGUUCCACCGAGGCGGCCUACUGGGACGAACCGGCCACCAGCUCCUCCUCGUCGGCGGCCCAAGAUUCGCGGCGAUUCACCGAGCGCAGAAUAAAGAAGACGGUGCGCUUCGAUGCCCACGACGAAGAGGCCUCCAUACUGGCAGCCAGCUCACUGCCACCGGUCACGGCAAUCCUGCCCUCGACGGCUGUGGAUGUGGGUGCGGCCACCAUAUUGAGCAGUGGGAAGAGUCUUGAGGCCGGCGCAGCGGACUGGGCGCGUUGGGAGGCCGAGAGACAGGGCAGCCAGGACUCGGCCACCAAGGACUCGGGCAUCGAUACCAGCAGCACGUUCACCAGCAGCGAGGAUUCGAACCGAGGAGAUGGGCCCAAGAAUCCGGUGAAUUGGCAAACAUCCGCGGAUAAUACUCGCCUGAUCGGGCACAUGAUAUUGCGUAAAUACUAUGAUGGGGAGGAUAUAUUAGGCUUAAAGGUCAACGGCGGUCAGCUCCUCGGAACGGGAACGGGAACGGGAACAGGAGCGGGAGGAUCGGGCGGCGGAGGUCCAUGCGGGGCCAUUGUGGAGAAGGUGAAGCGCGGAUCGGUGGCCGAUCUCGAGGGAAGGAUACGACCAGGCGACGAGAUCCUCGAGUGGAAUGGCCGCGGGCUGCACAACAAGAGUGCCGACGAGGUGUACGACAUCAUCGACGAGAGUCGGCUGGAUGCCCAGGUGGAACUGAUCGUGAGCCGUCCGAUCAUCAGCGGCGGCAGUGGCGGCAGCAGCAGCAACGUCAGUCCCAUCAGCGGCGCCUCCGGCGGAUCCGCCAACAGCGGUGCCCCCGCUCGCCGCUCCUCGGCCAACUUCCCGCACAGCGGGCUGGCCAGCAGCAUGGCCGGCAGUGCGGUGGUCAGCAGCGGCGGACGAUAUCUCCAGCGCAAAGCACCUGCAGUCGAGGCUAUUGAAAUCCACCGUGACAAGCCGAGUGUGCUGAUCACCUCGCCCGGUUCACCGGACAUCCACCCCAGUGUAUCCGGACCGGGAUCGGGAUCGGGAUCAGGAGCAGGCGGCAGCGGACACCGGCAACGUGGCGGCGUCGGGCAGACGCAGCGCCUGGGACCAAGCCACAGCACCCACAGCCACAGCAGCAGCGGGAGUGGCAGCGGCAGCGGCAGCAGCACCAGCAGCGUCCACGCCCCCACGCCCCAAUCCACUCACGGACCGCCCGGCCACGCCCACGCGUCCGCGUCCGCUUCCGGUUCCGCCCCUGGCGGCCUGCACGGCACAACGACGGCGGGCCACCAUCACCACCAUUACCACCACCCGCAUCCGCAUCCGCACCAGCAUCCGCUUCAGCACCAGGGUCCGCCCGCCGCCCACCUGCAAGGCCACGGGGUGGGCGGUGGCAGUGGCUCCGGCACCACCACGCAGCACAUCCCCAUCGAGGGGCGGCUGCAGCUGAAGCUCGGCUACGACCAGAACACGCUGCAGCUGAUCGUGACCCUGGUCUGCGCCACCGGCCUCUCCCUGCGACAGAGCGGAGCGGGCCGCAAUCCCUAUGCUAAAGUGUUCCUUCUGCCCGAUCGCAGCCACAAAUCAAAGCGGCGAACGAAGACAGUGGGCACCACCUGCGAACCCCGAUGGGGCCAGACCUUUGUUUACUCGGGUCUGAGACGCUGCGACCUCAAUGGCCGACUGCUCGAGGUGACGCUGUGGGACUAUGUGCGGUAUGGGGCCAACGACUUUAUCGGCGAGGUGGUCAUCGAUUUGGCACACCACAUCCUGGACGACGAGGCCGAGUGGUAUCAACUGCAGCCCCACCAGGACACCUCCUAUCUCUUACGUGACGAGGGCAGCGAUGUGGACGGCCUGAUACUGACACCGACAGAUCAUUUAUCACCGCCGAGCACCAUGUCGCGUCUGAGCGAUUCGGACACGACGUCCGACUGCGACAUCGAUGGAAUGACGCCCGGGGCAAGCAUCUCGUCGAUGGGCAGCUCAGCGAGUCCGCCGCCCCUGCUAGAGCUCGAUCUAAACGAGCGUCGGUCCAGACGUGACAUGUCGCCCCAGGGCCGCAAACGGGUGGCCGGGAUGGUGGCCCGCGACUACCGCACUGUAUCUGGCAUUGGACAAAGUUACCACAAUCAGGCCUCUGCCACCGGUUAUUAUCGUCGCGGAGUUGGUAAUGGUGUCGGCUCAACCAUCGGUCCCGGUGGCAUGAGCCUUAGCCAGCGGAGCCACUCGGCAGCACCCAGCGACGGUUACCACAGCAGCAGCGGACUGCCCUCCGGCGGAUCCGCCUACGGCUACAGGAGCACCAGUCCGCGGCGGGGCUCCCUCUCUCCACCCGACGACCGCUACAUAGACUAUCCAGUGCUUCCAGUUCACGGCUCGCCCAACGCUCCAUCGGUCUACCAGGGUCCGGGUGGCGCCACCUCAGCGGCAGCGGCUGCAUCGCAGCAGCAGCGAUUCCAAUCGCGCUCGGCCACAGCCACUCCGACAGGGUCCCCAAAGAAGAGGCAACUACCACAGGUGCCGCAGACCUCUCGCAGUGCCAUGCUGCGGGACCGCCUCGGGCAGGACUUUGACGAGCGGCUGGCAUCGGGCGGCCGCUUCGGACGGCACCGCACACGGCAGCCGCACCACCAGGCCACCUACCGCAGCACCGGAAUGGGCGGCUGGGAGCGCCACUACACGGGAUUGUCCGACAGCGACCUGCAAUCGAUGGACGCGCGCAUGCGUCCGCGGCACUCGCUGUCGCCGGACAAGGACUUCAUGGGCGAGUUCGGCGACUCGGACAUGGAGUCGGUGGUCAGCGUAACCUCCAGCGCCUUUUCCACGCAGUCGGAGCGACCGCGCACCUCUCGCGGACUCAGCUUCCCGCGCAACUGGCGCAAUUUCUUUGGCGCCCGCAACAGUUUCCUCAGCGGCUCCGGAGGCGAACCCAUCACCGGACUGCGUCUGCACCACUCGGAGCCCGGAAGGGCCAACACCAUCGAGGUCGAUGACUGCGACUAUCUGCCAUCAGGUGGUGCCCAGCAACUGGUGUUGCUGGAGCAGUUGGAGCAACUGCAACAGUUGGCUGCUCUGGCGGCGGCCGAUUCCCCACCCAUUUCUGCCGGCAUUGGAAUGGCGCCACAUCAGGUGCUGGUGACCGAUGCCAACAGCGGCCAGUUGGUGGAACAGUUCUAUGUGGAACCCGGCACCAUGGCCGAGGAAAUGAUGAUGGAGCCACUCGAUCCCCAUUUGCAUCCACAUUCCGCCUUCUAUUCGCCAUCGCCCCAUUUGCCACCACCGCCAUUCGACAUCGACAUCUUUCCACCACGACGGUCCAACGGACAGAAACCGAACGUACAAGCCACCGCCGCUGCCUAUCCGCUGCCGCUGCUGCCGAGCUUUGAGCAAUUCAAGCGCAUUACCACGCCCAUCACGAAUCUCUUCCGCAGCUCCUCGCCCAUGGGCGUCCAUGCCCACGCCCACGCCCACGACCACGCCUCCACAACGCCCAGCUCGCUGGUGGGAUAUGUGCGCGAUCAUCAGGACAAGAGCUGCAGCCACUGCCAGAAUGGAAGUCAGCCGGUGGUGCUGUCGACGCACCACACCCUGCACCUAACCACCGCCGGUCUGGCGAUCGGCGCCUGCCAGGAUCCCUGCUGUCUGGCGGAUGCCCAUCCCCAUCCCCAGCACCAGCCCAUGGGGUAUCCGUUUGGGGAGCCACUCUCCUCGGAUCCGGCUAUGUGCGGCGAGUGUGUGGAUCAGCACUUUCUGGGCGGGUUGACGGGGCCGCAGCUGAAUCUGGGCGUGGUGCCCACCUACCAUGUGCACACGCCCACCCCGAAUGCCCAUCGGCGGGCCAGGGGACAAAUGGCGACGCCUGCACCACCGCCCACACAAUCGGUGCUGCGUCUAUCGCGACAACUGAGCGAAGACGCCCUGGUGGCUGCGGUUCCCAUUUCAGAGGCCAAGGCGCAACCCACUUCGAUACUGAAGAAACCGAAGCUGGAGCGAAGGCGACUCUUCCACGAGGGUCAGUCACGGUCCCUGGACUAUGAUGAUCUGCACACGAAGAGCUGGGGUCGCCGACGCAUUCGGUACGAGGACGAGGUGAUGCCCUCCUCGGCGGACUAUCCCUAUCCGCAUCCCAGCACGUAUGCCCAUUCACCAACGGCGGCAAUGUCGCGUCGCUACGGAUCGGAGACCAAUAUCCGGCAGUCGUAUAUGGGCGCAAAUGUGGAUGCCAGCCAUCCGUUGAGUCACUCGCAUUUCCUGGUAACCGACGACAAGAUAGUUACCAUUACCUACGACUCGGAUGUGGGCUGGACACGACGUGGGGUGGCUCCGUCGCUAUUCCGAGGGGCGCACCGCCAGCGUGGACUGGCGGAUGCCAGGCACCAUAUGUCGCUGGACUUGCAGCGAACCAGCCAACAGAAGUUGUACGGACCGGCGGCUCCAUACCUAAAGCGCCGACGGAAUCUGCCGCAUCCACCAAGCGCGCAGAAUGCCCACAACUUUUCACCAAUGGAGCCGGGUUCGGGGAUGGACUUGAACGCUGCGGCAGCGGGAAUGGAGCAGGGCAACGGAAUGGGUAGCGGUGGUGCACACAACACUACCAGUAUCAGUACACACAAUAGCAACCACCAACACACCAACCACCACAAUAGCCAAGCGAGUAGUGUUAGUGUUAGCCAAAGUCACAAUCAACAACAACAACAACUACAACAACAAUCAGUUAGGCAAAAAGGGAAAGAAGGCACCACCGCCAACAGCGGAUCGAUGAUGGCAUCGGAGCAGCUGACGAAAUCUAGUAGUGGGAGCGGUGGUGCAACAUCUGCUGCCGCUGCUGGGCAUCUUGUCGUCGGUGGUACUAAUGCUAAUAAUGCUUCUUCUUCCUCUUUUGCAAAUCCCCAACCACAACAACAACAACUUCAUGGAUCACCCAACAAUAACAAACGUGCCCCAUCAUCAACACCACAACAACAAUACACAAACACCAACAUUGACGCCAACAACCUGACGCUUGACGCCACACAACAACAAUUACAACAACAACAACCACCUUCACAACAACAACAACCACCAAAUACAUGCACAAAUCUGAUCACAAAUACAACAACAACAUUAACAACAACAACCACAACAUCGUCGAAUGCAACGAAUGCGGCGACAACGACAACCGCAACAACAACAACAACAACGGCAACAACAAAUGCUACAACAACUGCCACAAAUCCAACAACGAAUAACACGAACGAACCAAACGCAACAACAACAACGAACACAAAUGCUGAUGCGGAUGCGGACGCGGAUGCUCCGCUGGACGCAAUCGACUGGGAUGCCAUCGAUGCAAUGUUGGACGAUGACUUUAGCGAGUACGACAAGGACAAGAACGGAGCUGAGGAGGCGGGCGGCUCCAAGUCAGCGGAGGGUGGAGGUGCCGAAGAUAAAGUCGAUGGCAGCCUCUCGGACACCGCGAACGACCGUAAGAAGGGCGGCGGCGUCGACCAGGAGCGAUCCCCCAAAGGAGGCAGCGGCAUGGGCAAGAAGUCGAACUCCACAUCGCAACUUUCAGCCACAGGUCGUAAAAGACGUAUGGGCUUUGGAAAGAAGGGUAAGAACUCGUUCACGGUGCACCGCAGCGAAGAAGUGCUGCCCGGCGAUAUCACGCGGGAGCUGCGGAGCGGCGGCGUUAGCCUCGGCGGUGCCGGUGCCGGUGGUGGUGCCAGUGGCGCCGGCGGUUCAGGUGGCGCCGGCGGCGGGGGCGGCCUGUCCCGCGGCUCGUCCUCGGAGGCGGACGCCAUCGAGCAGUUCUUCGGCGAUGGCGCCGGCGGGGAAAGAUUCUCCCCCUCGUUGCGCAAUGAUGGAGCCCUCAAUGAGUUCGUGGAUGGCCUGGGACCAGGUCAGUUGGUGGGCCGCCAGGUGCUGGGAGCUCCCUCGCUGGGCGACAUCCAGCUAUCGCUGUGCCACCAGAAGGGUUGCCUAGAGGUGGAGGUCAUACGGGCUAGGGGCUUACAGCAAAAAGCCCAAUCAAAAAUGCUGCCCGCUCCUUAUGUGAAGGUUUACUUGGUGUCGGGUAAAAGAUGUGUGGACAAGAUGAAGACCUCGUCGGCCCGACGAACUCUGGAUCCACUAUACCAGCAGCAGUUGGUGUUCAAGCAGUCAUACACCAAUUGCAUACUACAGAUAACCGUGUGGGGCGAUUAUGGACGCAUCGAGAAGAAGGUGUUUAUGGGCGUGGCGCAGAUAAUGCUCGACGAUCUGAAUCUGUCGAAUAUCGUGAUCGGCUGGUACAAGCUCUUUGGCACCACCUCACUGGGUCGUCCGAUUGUCUGGGCCGGCGAAUCAGUCAUAAUGGAGGAGCCGGGCGAAUAACAGUUUCCAACACUAUCGACACCCAAACCAACAACCACCACAACGCUUAAUUUUACAGCCACAACAACGAAAACACUUUAAGCACCCAAGCACAAUUCAAUUCAAGCGAACUCUAAACUGAACUGAAUUCAUAACCAUUCGCCCGUGCUGUCAGCCCGGCAGCCAAAUAGCAAAGGACCAAAGGUUAGCCUGCAGCGGAGGAUCCCAGGAUGCCGCUCGAUCCUCAUCCGGCAGGUUGCUGGCCUAAGCUAAGUCCACAUCUGUUUUUUUUUCUAUUCAACGGCGAAGGAAGACUUUAAAAGAAAUUAAACAAACAAGAACAAAAAGAAAACCAGAAAAAUAUAAAAAAAGAGAAAUAUCUAAUUUUUAUAAGUCAUGAAAACAAAUGCAUUUAAAUGAACCGAGAACAGAGAACACAAGCAGAGCAGUAAAAUGAUUAAACGUAACUACGGAAUACAGCUAAAAGAUAAAUGUAAAGGAAGUCUAUAUAUACAUAUACACAUAUAUAACGGAUAACAUUUGACAAAGGAUACUUGUAAAUUAUGCAUAUUUAAAAUAAUUUUUAUUACACACCUAAGAUCACUAUUAUUUUCGUAAUACGAUUACUACGAUUAUUAUUACUUAAAACUAUUAUUGAUAAAAGGAUAAAAAUACAAAAAAAAAAAAAAACAAGGGAGAAGGUGGAUAUAGUUCAAGUGCUAAUGUCAGUCAUGCCUAAGCCUUAGCCUGAGCAGAGACGCAGAGGGAUAUAAAUUGUUUAUUGAAUAAAUAGCUAAAUCUAAAUCAGUAAUGGGAGUUAUAGAUUUUCAGAGGUGGGAGUUAUUUAAGUAUAUAUACAUACAUAUAUAAAUCGAUAUAUACAUAAAUAUAUUUACUGUUUAAGCAAGCAAAGAACCACUAACACUUAAAUAAGCCUAACUUACGAUAAAACCGAUAAAGUUAAAGCUUAAGAUUAGGUUACUAAAAAGGGAUAUGAGAGAUAUGUAUUAAUCGAACAACACAAAGAACAAAAAAUAUUUACCAAGCGAGAGAUGAGCAAGUUUAACUUAAUAAUGCGAAUUCUGAACUUAAGCUGUACAUACGAUCCACACACGUUACAUAUACACCACAUCCGGAUAACCGAUUACCAACUACCGCUUCCCCGAGUUUAGGCUUUAAAGCUAUUGAUUUAACUCUGCGCCAUGGUAAAAACUCCGCAGCGACCCCAAAAUGCACGAGUUUUUGCCGUCGGCGAUGAGGACACUUAUAUAUUUGACUCAGAAAGUAUUUGUAUAAUUUAACUUAGAGCAAAGGAAAACUAUCUCACUAUAUGAAUAUACUAUACCGCGAUUUUGUUGUAGCUCCCCUCGCUUCACUUCGUCGCGCUUUUAGAGUCGCUUUAAAAUCCAUUUGUCACCUUGGUUCCCAAUCAACUUGCCUCAAAAACGCAUCAAGUACCUUCAAGUUAAUAGUGUGAGCUGUAAAAAUCGUUACCUGCUUGCCAAAGAUUCACGUACACGUACAUUAGCAUAGAUGGAAAACGGAAAAGUGUAACGGAAAACCAAAAAUAGUUUGCAAUUUACUACAUGUUAAUUUGAGAUAUUUUUGGAUUUAUUUUGGGCAACAUUUUGCAAUGCAUUCCUGGGGAGAAGCAAACAUAUCACUGGCCUGCAGACAGAUGAUGGAUGGGAGCAGUUAACUUUUAUAUAUACAUUAGGGCAUAGGUCAUGGGGAUAACUAUGAUUAUGAGACACCUAGCUAUUGUUCCUAUCCAGUUGUUUAGUGCUCGUUCUUUUUGCUUUCACUCAUGGCUACGGAUAUUGAGUUGAACCUUUCCGUCCAUUCAUUCAGAUACACACAGCUACACAUAAACAGUUGCAGUUACAGCUUACAGAUUGAGGUAAAGUUAAAUAAUAUAUUGACAUGUGCAUAUCCAUCCAAGCAGCAGCUUCCUAUAUCAGAACUAAUCAACUAAGAGAUACGUAAAGAAAUGCCGAAACACAGGGAAAAUGCAUUCAAAAUGUUGCUGCAAAAAAAUCACAAAAAAAUCGCGCAUCAAACGUUUGAAAAAAAAGAGGAGGGUAAAGUAAAACUACCAGCGAGGUUUCCAGCAACUAAUUAUACGAUAUAUAAGUCAAUGGAACAUACAUUCAGAUACAUACAUUAUAGAUAAUCAGAUUUGUACAUUCCGCUUCUCACGAGCCCCAUACUAACUUUUCUAUGAUAAAACUCUCUCUAUCUCUACCUUUAUAUUAUUUCCACUGCUCUCCUUCAGCAAACAGUCAAAGAUGCUUUGAUUACUCAGCAAACCAGCAAGAGGACGAACAAAAAUACUAAAAACCUCGGCAAGGUCGACGUUGAAAUGUCCUUUUCGAAACUUAUUGGCAUGUGAAUAGAAUUUGCAAACAAAUAGGGCGCUUUUAGCGAUUCCAAACCGAAUAUUACGUAAAGGGCGUUUCUCCUGUUCAAUCAUACAAGAAAUUCUUAUUAGGAUUCCUAUAGAAUUCGUUACAUUUAAGUCACACCAAAGACAAAAGCAUAUAGAAAAUGUUAAUGAAGCAAAUGAUAUAUUACGGCAAGUUAUUUCAAGGGCAACCAAUACAAGAAACAAAAUGCUAUUUACUAAGUUCAAUUUGAAGGACAGGCGAGGUUAAUACACGAUACACUACAAGAUCAACAACACAAGGAUAUAUCAUUUAUUGCAAAUGUUGAACAAAAUUGAUUAAAAGGCGAAUGGCAGCGCUCUCGCUGGGCGCCCUGAACACCUUAUAUUGUAUUUUAAUAUCUCGACAACAAUCGAAGGUCGAGAAACGACAAUAAACUGUGAAAUGAAUAUGUAAAAACAAAAUAAAAACACAAAAACUAAAAUUAUAUUAAAAAUUGCAGAGAAGAGCAUUAUAAAUAUUGAUGAACACAGAAACUUGAAUUGUGUAAAACUAAAGAGAAAAUUUAAUGAAAAGCAACAUUUAAAGAACAAAACAAAAGAAAAUUCAUUAAAAAUUGUUUUCUAAUAAAA